AUGUCCUUGAAAUUCGGCAAUGUUCCCCCAUCUGAGUGCCGCCUUCAUUAUGAGUCGGUGUAUAUCUGGGGACGUAUGAGCAGUGUCUGCUCGUCCAAGAGCUCAGUUACAGGCAUUAACAUGGGCGAUCAGUAUGAAGAAUGUCUCUGCAACUUGUGUGUUGAUCAAGCCAGGGUUCCAAUUGAAGCCUGCAGACAAUUGGGUUUGAUGCCAAAGCGAGAUGACUACGAAUGCGAAUACGACAACAAUGCUGAGGAAUCUAUCGUGGACAUUCGAAGCGACUUUCUUGAGGACGAGCUCUUUCGGGAGUUGGCUGUCGCUCGCAUCGACGCAUUUGUAGAGUGCUUACGGCAGCGGCAACUGCGUCACGUGGUCGUGGCAAAACUUAACCUUUUGACUCAUUUGCUGCCGAAGCUACUCCCAACGCCUAUCGCCAAGGUCUCGGCCGUUAGCCAUGGUAGUAUUCCGGCGUGUACCGCGCUUGGCCGUUGCCGGUACAACCACGGAACUGACAUAGCAUUUCGCAGGAGAGCAAAUUUAUUUGGUCAACGGCGAAGCGGCCAGAGGACGUUUCGGUCGACGCGCACUGGAUGUGUUACUGAAACCACAAGUAGCCUAGGGAGUUCGCCAUUUGAAGACGUUGUGAAGCACCCGCCGCCGUCUGUAGAAUCGGUGCAUGAUUCAGGGAUUGCAUCUUCAGACAGUUCUGUUCACUCAGCAACAUCACCAGAAACUGAGACGGUGGUCGUUCCAAGUCCAGAAAUCGGUACAAUAGCAAACGAUAGUGACGGUAGGCACGUACCGCCGUCCAAAACACCAGUAGAAGUUAAAUGUCUUUCCCUGACACCAUUGCCAUCAGUUGUCAAGCCCAACGACACCCUCAUUCUCCAAAGCCAAUCCAUGCUUAGAGGAGGACCCAAAAACCGCCAGAUUUUGGGUAUCCCUACAGAUGAAGCUCAUCCAAAUUGUUGCACUCCACUGUUUGUUGCGGAGCCUCUGAAGCCCCUCCUUCGUUUUCUGUCCUGCUCAGAAGCGAACGCUUUAUUGCGUCAAUUGCACAAGGAACAUGUCCUCAGGCAGGAGAUUGAGCAACUGGAGCAACUUCAGAAAUCCCAUGGAAUACUUCGUGACAAUAUUCAUCUUGCCGGAGCUAGACGAUCGGCUUCCCCAAUUAACCACACCUCCGAUGAUUUCUCAGUAGAAGACGACGUACACCCCCUCUCACCAAUUACUGCGUUAGUCGCGUCUCCGAAACGCCGCCGAACGGUCGCACCUACUUUGCCCAGGAGGAAGCGGCGUGGUAGAAGUCCUGUUUCUUCAGUCAUGAGAGGGCGCGGUGGUAAACGGAAUGGUGGUGAAGUGAAGCCAUCCUCCUCUGUGGUUGGUGGCGUCAAAAAGUUCACUGCCGGUUGCACAGUAUCCAAACGUCGUGGCCGCCCACCACUACAUCAUCACGGGGAAAGGCAACAACAGCUCAUUCACACAUGA